AGGGUCGGUCAUCUGACAGUUCUUGCACGCGACCUAUAAAGAAGAAGAACUAAAAACAGGGUUAUGUCAGUGAUAUUUUGAAUUUUCAAUCCCUUUAAUCUUAGAUCAUACUGUAUGAUCAUCUAUAAGCCCUUAAUAAAUUAAUAUUGAUGAACCGUAUAAAAUAUACUAGCCCUCUCCUGUUGGACGGCGAAUCUACAGUGGUUGUUGAAAAUAACGUCAGAAUAUAUGAUGGGGAUCAAAAGACAUCAUUUGAAGGUGGAGAACUAAUCAUCACAACACACAGGAUAUUAUGGGGACGUCCAGGUCAAAUAGCCAGAGGACAAACAUGUUUAUCCAUGGCUUUGAACCUGAUCAUAUUCAUAGAAGAGGAAUCACCUAGUACUUUCAGCUUUACUAGAUCUCGAAAAAUCGUUCUCCAUCUAUCUGAAAUAAAUGACACAUCAAAUGGUCCUCAACCUUACAGCAUGUUCAAUUUCAUCAAGCUGUCAUUCCGUGAAGGCUUCACCAAAAACAUAACAAGUAUUCUACAUGACUUGCUUCAAGAUAGACCUUGGGAACCCAAAAUUCAGCAACCCCCUGUUGAAAACAAACCCCAACAACCAUUGAUAAAACCCAGAAUGGGAAUUGUGGGCAUUGAAAGGAGCAUACAAGAAAAACAGAAAGCCACAGAUGCAAGUAUAAACAUGGCUUUCCAGGACUUGGAUAAACUCAUGGAUAUGGCAAAAGACAUGGUAAGGUUAUCUAGAAUGAUAUCUACAAAGAUCAAGGAGAAGCAAGGAGAUAUUACAGAGGAUGAAACAAUAAGGUUCAAAUCCUACCUACUCAGUCUUGGAAUAGAUGACCCUGUUACCAGAGACUCUUAUAAAUCUGACAACCAAUAUUAUCAGAGCCUAGCCAAGCAAAUUUGUGACUUUUUACUGUCACACAUUGAAGAAAUGGGGGGAAUGAUGGCUAUGUCGGACGUUUUUUGCUGGGUUAACAGAUCAAGAAGUUUGGAAUUGUUAUCACCAGAAGAUAUUCUGAAUGCUUGCAAGCUUAUGCAGGCCCUAGAUUUGCCCUUGAAGCUGUUUGAGUUUUCAUCAGGGGUGAAGGUGCUCCAGUUGAGCAGUCUGGAUAGUAGUACAGUGGCAGAAGCAACUGCACAACUGGUUGAUGAAAAAGGGUCUCUGUCUUCUGAAGAGCUAUCUAAAUCUUUAGGAAUUUCACUAACUCUAGCAAAAGAGAGAUUGCUGACAGCUGAGAAGUUUGGAAAAUGCUGUAGGGAUGAUGCAAUAGAGGGGUUGAGAUUCUAUCCAAAUUUAUUUUUGACAAGAGAAGAAUGAAAAGUCAAUGGAUUAAUCUUCUUUAUAUUCUUUUGUAUUUUUUGUAUAUGUAUAUUCGAUUCAGUAAUAUAUUUUAAUAUAUUUAUUUAAAACUUU